AUGGGUUAUCCAGCGAUUAUGACCGCGACUGUACCUACCACCGCCGAAGCUGUUUGUUUUUGGGGGAAUGAUUUCAUGCCGUGGUACUCCAACUCAACCGAAAUCGUUUUGGAAGAUGUUAUACCGGAACCCAUCAAAGUAUAUGGACAUGUCAUACCCCCAGACCGCCUCCGCGCAAACAGGACAUAUCAAAUCUCCGGACCCUUCGGCCAGGAUUCUAACACUGGGGAAGGCAUGAUAACCUUUGGAUCUGACACCCAAACCUUCCUCGGGUUUGACCAUCCUGAACGUGAAGCCGUUGCUGGCAGGGCAAUGAUUAAUGGAAUAGGCCAAGUUCUUGAUGUCCAUUUUGACGAUGUAGUGAAUCAAGGAGGUUUAUGGAAUCUGACUGUCAACCUUCAACACGAGUACUACGACCCUGUACAACAAAAGGUCAUUGAAUUUCCGAUCACAUAUUCUUUUGGCUAUAUGACUCCGGCCAGUUUUGAGUGGAAGCACAUAUACUCGGGUUCUACCAUGUGGGUCCAUGGCUCGGUGGUCGCCAAAGAUGCCGACUCUCAUCGCCUCAUUGUCCAAGCAAGGUUCCCGAGAUAUUCUGACAGGUCAUUUAAUCAUUCUUUGCGAAUCACAAUGUGA